UGUUAAUUGUUUAAAACACGAUCCGAAUAUUUAGAGAUUAAGUGCUAAAGGUGUCCCGUCUUUCCCCACCCUACUAUAUGUUGCAUGGAACUGCACCUUACUAAAAUAUAACCUGACAUGCUUCAACACUGGCUUAAAUGGACAUCCUACACAUGGCUUAAAUGGACAUAGCCUAUACAUGCAACAAAAUGUAAAGAUUGGACUUGGUGGCUGACAAAUGAAUUCUAGUCAGAAACUAUUUCGAUCGUUUUAAGGCAAAAAUGUAAGAGCAUUAGAAGAGAAAUUAGCAAUAUCGUCUACGUUAUACGAAAACCGUUUAUAGCGAUAUAUAGCUGCAAGUAUGGACCUGGUUAGAAGAUUUUCACGCGAGUCUAGUUCUAGCUCGAUAAGUAGCGAAUGUGAAUGUGAAUGUGAGAUUCCUAUUGAAGACAUCUGGAGCCCCGCAAUCGGGCUUGAGAUUCUUUUAGAUGCUCAUGCAGGCUAUAAGGCGUGGCCAAAGCAAAUGAUUGAAAAUGGGAACGUUUAUGUACAAAACUACCCCGACACUAAAUACUGGACUUCAUGGAUCAACGGUAACUUUUUCAUAUUUUCGGUAAAAUUGACAUCGGGAUUGCAAUUGUAUUUGUCGCCUACAACUGGAAGAAACGGUAGACCAGGAUUGAAGAUAAUACAAGGGAAUGAACCAAGCAGGAACUCGCCCGGUACCGACGACCCGCGAGUGUUUGAAUACAAGUUACAUACACAUAGUCAGCAGCACGUUUUGUACAACAAAAGUACCGGUCAAUAUAUUGGCUUGAACAGGCGCAAUAGAAUGAUUCCUGUUGGCCAAGAAAAGCAAGCCGGUGCUUUCACUCUGUCAAGUCCGGAACUAACUGCUUAUUACGAAUGCAUCAAGAAAAAAGAAGAAUCGAAACAGCAGUUUUGUAUCCAAGGGGUCACACAGCAAAUGGAAGCUUAAUGUGUUACAUUCGGAAAAAGAAAAACACCGAAGACAUUUUCUGCCCAGUUCAAACCAGCUUGUAUUUUAUGUGCUUUUAUAUUGUGUGCACAUUUUAACACCGGCCUAGUCUGCGUAUCUUCAAGUAUAUAUAUAUAGAAUCGUGGGGUAAGAUGGGUCAUUUUUUCACUCAUUUUUUCCCUCCCUUUUGGGGGGUAAAUAAAAAAAACAUUUAAAAAAUUAACGUAUUGUCACGACUUUCAUAGACCGUUGUUGAUUGUUUAAUACACGAUCAAGGUAUUUAGAUAUUAUGUGCUAAAAGUGUCCCGUGUCACCCCACGGUAUAGUAACGUGGGGUAAGAUAGGAUACCGUUAUCACUAAUAUUUUAUAAUUCUUUAUCGUGUUUUAAACAAUUAAUAAUGCUUUGGUAGAUCGAAGAUACAGUUAUUUAACACUUCCGUAAAAUUCUUGGUUUACCACCAAGUGAGACGACAAAAGAGAGUUUAAACAUGUCCCAUUUAAUCCCAUUCUACUAUAUAUGAGAAAUCAACAUAACUGUAGUUUUGUAUAAUCAACAUAACUGUAGUUUUGUAUGGCAGUUUUUGUCUUAACUUUUAUAGCACGCAACUUAAUGUUGACUUGCGGUGGUGCCAAUAUAAGUUAUAUUGACAAA